CGAUUUGACGCGUUACAUAUGCGUUCACAAACUCACUAGAUUUAUUAUAAACACACACACAUAACACAUCAGAAGCUCAAAGUCACAUGGAGGUUAAAAACCACACAGAUUUACACACAACCGCAGAUAAAACAUGAAAAAACGACAGACAGAAAUAUAUACGCCCAUUAUGAGCGAUGACUUUAUAGAGGCUCCGUGUCUGUCAGAUUGUCAACAGUGUGUCUAACACAGGAAACACUGUUUCAUAACAACACUCAUACGAUUUCACAUUGAAUUAUAUAUAUUUGUUUUCUUAUUUUACAUUAUUAUUAUUUUCGAGCAAAACUGCUGAAUUACUAUGCAUAGAGCAAUGUCCCGUUUUAAAUGUACAGUGUACAAGAACAGUGUUUAGUGCCUGAUACUUUAUUACUGAGACAAAGAAUGAGAAUAUGAAGAACUGCAUCUGUGGAAAGCCUGAUUAGUGGUUAAAGUUACACAUCAAGAAGAUGGCUUUCAGGCUUGUCGUGCGGAGAGUUUGUCGAGUGUCUGUGAGAGAUUUCAGCAGUCUUUCCGUCACAGUCUCGCGCUCCUCGUCAUUCUCAUCCUGUCUGAGCGCGUCUCGCGCCACACAGCCGCUCCUCUCGCGCUCGCUCCCGCGGCUCCCGCUCGCCUCCAGCAGGAGCGUGUCGUUUAACGUGCAGGACCACGACGACUUCACCGAGAGGGUCAUCAACAGCCAGCUGCCCGUCCUCAUAGACUUCCACGCACAAUGGUGCGGCCCCUGUAAAAUCCUCGGCCCUCGGCUGGAAAAGGCUAUCGCCAAACAGAAGGGUCGAGUCACCAUGGCCAAAGUCGACAUCGACGAACACACAGACCUCGCCAUCGAGUACGGGGUGUCGGCCGUUCCCACGGUGAUCGCCAUGCGCGGCGGCGAUGUCAUCGACCAGUUUGUGGGCAUCAAAGAUGAAGACCAGCUAGAUUCUUUUGUGCAGAAGCUGAUUGGACAGUGAAGCUGUCAGUCACCGCCCCUCUAGUCCCGCCCACCUCCUGCUGGAAACUCCAUUACAUCUAAUUACAUACACAGACAACUGCAACCUGCUUCACCAUCUGUCCUGCUUUCAUUAACUGCGUGUGUGUGUGUCGUUACAUGUUUGUUAGAGGGUCUGGGGCAGUGCACCAUGUUUACUGCGGUAACAAUGUAGUAAAGUGUUCUUGGACAUCAUUCAGCCGCUGUACUUUGCUUUGGAGGAGAACUGAUCGGCCGUACGACUCAUCCGGUCCACACGAGGGCGACCUUCCUCUCGCUCUCCUUCCUUUUACACCUGAAUGCCUACUAAUGUGAAAGUGUGUGAUGAUUACAGACGUGUGUUUGUCUCCGUUUGGUUUUCUUUCUUUUUUGGUUAUGACUGUGAAUUUCGUGCAGGAUGCAUGGGAUUGAUGAUGUUUAGACUUUAACUCAUAUAAACUGUAAUAUAACCCACUAGUCAAGUGAAAUUAUGAAUAAAGCAACUGUACAAUAUUUAA